UGCGUGCUGUCUUUACACGUGGAGGAGGACAUCCUGGGCUUGGUACGUCUUCACCGAGCUCUGACAUCAAUGAAAUAGACAAAAUGUCAGACAAAGCGGAGGUUAAUCUAAGUGGAAUCAAACAAAGUCAAGGUGUUUGGCUCGUAAAGGUUCCCAAGUAUUUAUCUCAGCAAUGGAACAAAGCUACAGAAAAGGAAAAAGUUGGGAAGCUCACAAUUGAAAAGAAACAGGGCAAAGCAGAGGUGUGUUUCAGCCUGGAUGAGCAGCUGACUACCUUGAGCUCUCUGGGGGAGAAGGGCACGUCACUGCAGGUCCCUAGAGAUCACCCCUUCACCAUGCACACAGUGGGCGGGCAGACGCUGGCUGUCUUCACCCAGAAUGACACAGAUGAAAUCAGCCUGGAGGGGAUGGUGGUGCAGAGAGCUGAGUGCAGGCCGGCCGUCAGUGACAGCUACAUGAAGCUGAAGAAGCUGCAGAUCGAGGAGUCUACCAAGCCUCAGCGUCUGUCACAGCAGCUUGAGAAAGCCGUCACUACCAUCUUUAAACCUGUAGCCAACCACACUGUCAAUGUCAAGUAUGAGAAGAAGAAGAAGUUGGAGGGGAAGAUGGUGAGGGCCGAGCGGCAGGUGGUGUUGGACAAGCUGUUCUCAGCCUUUGAGAGACACCAGUAUUAUAACAUCAAGGACUUGGUAGACAUCACCAAACAACCAGUGUCCUACCUGAAAGAGAUCCUGAGGGAAAUCGGGGUGUACAACACCAGGGGGGCCCACAAGAGCACCUGGGAGCUGAAGCCAGAGUACCGCCACUACCAGUCCGCUGAAGAAGAGGAGGCGAUGAAGACUGCCUAGCCUCUGGAGGUCAAGUCUUCCAUGAACACACUGUUCAUCAGACAGGAAAAACCACCCAAACUGUUUAGAAGGCCUGCGCUGGGCAGCAGAGCGGACCUGAACAGGAGCUGAAAUGUGAGAGCUGAGAUAUUUUCUUUACCAGUUUUAUGUUGUCUUGGCGUGUGAGCUGAACACAGUGUCACGUCUGGACACCUGAGCUUCAGGCUGCAUCUGCGUUAGAGGCAUCGAGGCAUUUGUUAUGAUAGUGGAAUUAUUUUAGGCUGAUGCCAUUUUGUCUUCCUUUUGAGUUCCUUUAGGGGCAACGGCCUGUGGUCAAUUCAGUUUUGCACCCCGGAAGAUUGAGUAUAUAGUCUAUAAAACUAGCAUGUCUUCACACAUUAAUGAUUUACAUGCAUUUAGCAAUUAUCAUAUUAGUUUGCAGUCCUUGGAACAACAGCUGCUGGUUAGAAAACUAUAAGCUGCGUAAUGCGGCUAGCCCUGGUAACUAGCACUAUUAUGGGCCAAAUACAUUCAAAUGUAAAGCUAUCCCUCUGGAUCCUUGAGAUCCAUUAAUAUCCAAUAUUUUUCAGUGUCAGUCUAAGAGAUGUGAUGUUUAUAUGAUUUACAGAAUGGCCGCCAAGUGAGGUCAUUAGUAAGUAGUAAGUGAUUGGCACGUAAAAGCCACUUGACCAUGAUGGCGGCGCAUACAGUGACUGUGUGAGGUUUAGAGCAAAAGUAGUCAGUGGCCACGAGCUUUGUUGGCAAGGCUACACAGUGAAUUACACAGUGAUGGAGUAUGAAACACUAUGGGAGACAUUAUGUUCUGUGCAGUGAUGGAUGUUCUUGUGUGGUACAGAAUAAAACAAACAGAACACACUGCACCAAGGUCUUGCUGAGUUUUAUUAUGGCUCAGGACCAUUUUGUUUUCAGGUUGUCCGUCUGAACAUCCAUCUGUCCGCACGGCCAUCCCGUUCUUGUGAUCGUGAUGUCUCAUGCAGGACCACCUUGAAGGAAUUUCUUCAAAUUUGGCACAAAUGUCCACUUGGACUCAGGGAACUGAUUAUACUUUGGAGGUUAAACGUCAACGUCACAGUGUCCUCAUGCCUGUCCCAUUCUCAUGAGCAGGAUGUCUCAAACGCCUUGAGGAGAUUUCUUGAAAUGUGUGUGACAAUGCCCUCUUGGACGUUGUCACACAAUCAGCGUCAGCAAGGCUGGAGGCUGAGUGAAAAGCAGAGUAUUCAAGCAGUUUUCAGCCUCUUGGCCAUCUUUACAGAAGAUCAUGCAUGGUGUGUUUCCAUCCUCACAGAAGCCCACUGCGUUCAUAGAGGGCCCCCUGAAAAACUGCACGGGGUGAAAGGGUGAGAGGAACAACACAG